AUGUUCGGUACUAAUAGAACCACGUUUGGCAACACGAACGCCACGCCGUUCGGCGGCACGGGCGGCACGGGCGCUGCCAACUCCCCCUUCGGCAACACCAACAACAACACCACUGGAUUCGGCGCCAAUACCGCCAAUAACGCUGCUUCAGGGUUUGGUGGAUUCGGUGCGACUAACAACAGUGCCACUACCGGCACUGGUCUUUUCGGUAUGUCUAACAAUAACAACAACAAUAGUCCAUUCGGUCAGGCGACAUCAGCGUCCACCAACCCAGCUCCUCUCUUCGGGUCUUCACAAGCCUCAGCAGCGGCAGGCCCUGGUUCUGGAACUGCUAUCAAGCCCUUCACCACUUACACCGAAAAGGAUGCCACUACGGGCAUGAACAACAUUUUCGAGAGCAUUUCGUGCAUGCCCGAAUACAAGAACUUUUCGUUUGAGGAAUUGAGAUUCCAGGAUUACCAGGCCAACAGGCGCUUUCCCUCCGCAAAUAUGACAGCUUCUGCUGGUGUUUCCUCACCCUUUGGUACUCAGGCGAGCUCGCCCUUUGGACAAAACAACACUACUAACAGUUUCGGUAUGGCAGGUAACAAUCAACAACCCAACGCAGGUGGUGGCCUGUUUGGCCAAGCCAACACAACCACAUCUCCAUUCGGACAGAACAACAACAACACCGCAUUUGGUGCCAAUAACGCUGCCAACUCUCCAUUCGGCAUGAACAAGCCCGCGUCAUCAGGAGGCAUUUUCGGGCAAAACUCCAACACGGGUGGUGGUCUCUUUGGCCAGAACAACACUCAGGCAUCAGGCGGUCUCUUUGGCCAGUCUAACACAUCUAAUAACGCAUUUGGUGCGAACUCCGGAUCCACCGCAUUUGGCCAAUCAGGUGGGCUUUUUGGCCAAAAUAAUAACGCUGCUACAGGUGGUGGGUUGUUCGGCCAGAAUAACAACCAACAAUCUGGCGGGCUAUUUGGCCAAACCAAUACCACGAACACAACAAACACCACUGGCGGAGGUUUAUUCGGUCAAUCCAAUGCCACAAACUCUUCAUUCGGCCAAAACAACCAACAAAGUGGUGGCCUGUUCGGAAGCAAGCCCGCAACUGGCGGGCUGUUUGGACAAAGUAGUACCACUAAUGGUGGUAUGUUUGGUCAAAAUAAUGCUAAUGCUAAUACAUCUUCACCUUUCGGCCAGAAUACUUCACAACAGACUGGAGGUGGCUUGUUCGGUCAGAAUGCCAACACCGGCUCAACUGGGUUAUUUGGUCAAAACCAACAACAAUCUGGAGGUGGACUUUUCGGCCAGAAUGCUAAUGCAAACACUGGUACUGGGGCUGGUUUGUUUGGACAAACCAAUAACACUACUGGAGGUUUAUUUGGUCAAAACAAUGCAAACAACUCACCAUUUGGUCAACAACAACAACAACAACAACCCCAGCAACAGGGUGGCGGUCUAUUUGGUAACAAGCCUACAACUUCUGGAGGCUUGUUCGGCCAAAACAACACUGCCUCUACCGGAUUUGGUCAAAACACCUCCACUACAGGUGGCGGAUUGUUUGGCCAAAACAACAAUCAACAAUCUGGCGGAGGCCUCUUUGGUCAAAGCAAUAACACUAAUAACGCUACAGGUGGAGGUAUGUUUGGUCAAACUUCGCAACAACCUCAACAAAGUGGUGGCUUGUUUGGUCAAAAUAGCAGUCAACCUCAAGCAUCUGGUGGAUUAUUUGGACAAAGUAACAAUCAACAAACUAGCGGAGGGCUAUUUGGGCAGAGUGGCAAUCAGCAAACUGGUGGACUAUUUGGCGCAAAGCCCGCCAAUGACGCUGGAACUGGAGGUUUAUUUGGUCAAAACAAUAAUAAUCAGCAACAGUCAAGUGGCCUAUUCUCUCAGAACAACAAUACCAAUACUGCAUCUUCUACAGGCGGUUUAUUUGGCAAUAAACCAGCUGGUUCAACUGGCGCUACAGGCGGAUUAUUUGGACAAAAUAAUGCCAGCAAUCAAGGAGCUACUGGUGGUGGUUUGUUUGGUCAAAAUAAUAAUACUAAUGCAGGACCUACUACCGGAGGUCUCUUUGGUGCAAAACCAGCUGGUGCCACUAGUGGAGGGGGGCUAUUUGGAAAGCCGGCCGCAACUACGGGCACUUCGGGUGGUCUUUUCGGUGCCAAACCAGUGGGAACUGCUGGCACCUCUGCCUCGGGUGGGCUCUUUGGAGCUAAGCCAGCUGGCACGACAGGUGGCGGAUUAUUCGGUAACAAUAAUACGCUGAACACAGGUGUGGCUGGUGCAGGAGCCAGCACUGGUGGUCUCUUUGGUGGGCAACAAAAUCAACAAAAUGGUGCCAUCCAAGGAAUUCAAGCCAAUAAUCAACAGACCAAUGCUAAUCCAUACGGUACGAAUGAGUUAUUCUCGCGAGUUAUAGUUCCCAACUCCAUUACACAACCUAACAAGCCUAGUGCUACAAAAGUCAACGCUGACUUAAAGAAAAAAGCGAGCUUAUCGGGUGCUUACAGACUUGCUCCCAAGCCACUUUUCAAUCCUAGAAGCCAAUCAGUCAGUCCAGUCACAAGAUCCGGAAGCAUCGUCGUGACUAAGCCCAACUCGAGGGUUUCAUCGGCAUCAUCAUCACCUGAUUCUAUUGGUAAGGAGAUAGUCCCCGUCAAUACUGGUACUUCAUCAAUUUUUACCAAUGAGAGUGACGAGAUCAUUUUAUCAUCCAAUGAACUUCUAUUCAAUCCAGACAAGAAAUCUUUUAAAAACUUGAUCAUUAACAGAAAGAAGAUGGAAGAUGCCGAGGAAUCUCCAGAUCCAAGUCACGUUAGAAGAAUCACAUUUAGUGCUGAACCCGUGGACAAAGAAGAUGACUCCAACGCUACCGAUGACAGAAGAGGUCCUAAAAUUUCACGCCAGGAUGCAUCUUUCCUUGACAAUGUUCAAGAUACCCCACUUAACAAAGAACCAAAAGCAAGCGGUUUGUUUAACAAGGAUUUGGCUUCGACGCCAUUAUCUAAGCCCAAAGAAAGUCCUGUUAAAGCCUCUUUUGAUGCCAAGUCUACAACAGGAGUGACGAGAAUCCCACCAGGAAUUAUUGGGGAUGAUAUUUCCUUCAUGAAGGAUGGCUACUACAUUUCUCCAUCCUUAGAAACGCUGUCAUCAAUGACUUUACUACAAUUGCGCAAAGUCAGCGGUCUGACAAUCGGACACAGAGACUAUGGUAAGAUAGACUUUUUGGAGCCAGUGGAUCUGUCCAACGUUUCAUUGCCAUCUCUUUGUGGUCGUGUAGUAGUUUUUGAGCCAAAGACAUGUGCAAUUUACCCAAGCUCAUCUGUCAAGCCAAAGAAGGGCGAAGGUCUGAAUGUUCGUGCAAGAAUAAGUACGUACGGUUGUUACCCAGUUGAUAAAUCCACUCGCAAGCCAAUCAAGGAUCCGAACCACCCUAUUAUCAAAAGGCAUAUUGAAAGACUCAAACACAUUCCAGGUACGAAGUUUGAUAGCUACGACCCCCAAACUGGUACCUGGGCGUUUACAGUUGAUCAUCCUGUAUAG